AUGGAGAGCCACAUGUUCAGCGUUCAGCAGAUCCAACCCAACGUCAUUUCUGUCCGCCUCUUCAAGCGCAAAGUGGGGGGCCUGGGGUUCCUGGUGAAGGAGAGGGUGAGCAAGCCACCUGUGAUUGUCUCUGACCUGAUCCGAGGGGGCGCCGCGGAGCAGAGCGGCCUCAUCCAGGCCGGGGACAUCAUUCUCGCCGUCAACGGCCAGCCCUUGGUGGACCUGAGCUACGACAGCGCCCUGGAGGUGCUUAGGGGGAUUGCCUCCGAGACCCACGUGGUUCUCAUCCUCAGGGGCCCCGAGGGCUUCACCACGCACCUGGAGACCACCUUCACCGGGGAUGGGACCCCCAAGACCAUCCGGGUGACCCGGCCCCUGGGUCCCCCCAUGGCAGCCGUUGACCUGUCCCACCAAGCGUCAGCCGGGAGAGAGCAAACGCUGGUGGUGGACGGGGCCAUGGGUCCCGGCAAUGGGCCCCAGCAUGCGCCAGACCCAGGGCAGGAAGCCAGCUCGCUUGCCCAUGCCAACGGCCUGGCUGCCAAGCCCCCAGGCCAGGACCCUGCCAAGAAAAGUGCUGGGGUCACCCUCCAGGGCAGCGGGGAGAACAAUAAACUGCUCAAAGAAAUAGAGCCUGUCCUGAACCUUCUCACCAGUGGGGGCAGAGCGAUCAACGGAGGGGGACCUGCCAAGACAGAGACCAAGGACGUGGAAAUUCAGGUGGACAGAGACCUGGACGGCAAAUCACAUAAACCUCUGCCCCUCGGCGUGGAGAACGACCGAGUCUUCAAUGAUCUGUGGGGGAAGGGCAACAUGCCCGUCGUCCUCAACAACCCGUACUCAGAGAAGGAGCAGCCCCCUGCCUCGGGAAAACAGUCUCCCACGAAGAAUGGCAGCCCCUCCAAGUGCCCUCGCUUCCUCAAGGUCAAGAACUGGGAGACCGACGUGGUUCUCUCUGACACCCUCCACCUCAAGAGCACGUUGGGAACGGGAUGCACUGAGCACAUCUGUAUGGGAUCUGUCAUGCUCCCUUCUCAGCAUAUACGAAAGCCUGAAGACGUCCGCACAAAAGAACAGCUCUUUCCUCUUGCCAAAGAGUUCAUUGAUCAGUACUACUCAUCAAUUAAAAGGUUCGGCUCCAAAGCCCACAUGGAGAGGCUGGAAGAGGUGAACAAAGAGAUUGAAACCGCCAGCACCUACCAGCUCAAGGACACAGAGCUCAUCUAUGGGGCCAAGCACGCCUGGCGGAACGCCUCCCGCUGCGUCGGCAGGAUCCAGUGGUCCAAGCUGCAGGUGUUUGAUGCCCGAGACUGUACCACUGCUCACGGGAUGUUCAACUACAUCUGUAACCACAUCAAGUAUGCCACCAACAAAGGGAACCUCAGAUCUGCGAUCACCAUAUUUCCCCAGAGGACCGACGGCAAGCACGAUUUCCGCGUUUGGAACUCUCAACUCAUUCGCUACGCUGGCUACAAGCAACCUGACGGCUCCAUCCUGGGGGAUCCAGCCAAUGUGGAGCUCACAGAGAUCUGCAUACAGCAGGGCUGGAAACCCCCACGAAGCCGCUUUGAUGUCCUGCCGCUCCUGCUCCAGGCCAACGGCAACGACCCGGAGCUCUUCCAGAUCCCUCCAGAGUUGGUGCUGGAAGUCCCCAUCAGGCACCCCAAGCUCGAGUGGUUCAAGGACCUUGGACUGAAGUGGUACGGCCUCCCCGCUGUGUCCAACAUGCUCCUGGAGAUCGGCGGCCUGGAGUUUAGCGCCUGUCCCUUCAGCGGCUGGUACAUGGGCACAGAGAUUGGCGUCCGUGACUAUUGCGACAGCUCCCGAUACAACAUCCUGGAGGAUGUGGCCAAGAAGAUGAACUUGGACAUGAGGAAGACAUCCUCUCUGUGGAAGGACCAGGCCCUGGUGGAGAUCAAUAUUGCAGUUCUGUACAGCUUCCAGAGUGACAAGGUGACCAUCGUUGACCACCACUCCGCCACCGAGUCCUUCAUUAAGCACAUGGAAAACGAAUACCGCUGCCGGGGGGGCUGCCCCGCUGACUGGGUGUGGAUCGUGCCCCCCAUGUCGGGCAGCAUCACCCCCGUCUUCCACCAGGAGAUGCUCAACUACCGGCUCACACCCUCCUUCGAAUACCAGCCUGACCCGUGGAACACCCAUGUCUGGAAAGGUACCAAUGGAACCCCCACAAAGCGGCGAGCCAUCGGCUUCAAGAAGCUGGCAGAAGCCGUCAAGUUCUCAGCCAAACUGAUGGGGCAGGCUAUGGCCAAGAGGGUUAAGGCUACCAUCCUUUAUGCCACAGAGACGGGCAAGUCGCAGGCUUAUGCCAAAACCUUAUGUGAGAUCUUCAAACAUGCCUUUGAUGCCAAGGUGAUGUCCAUGGAAGAAUAUGACAUUGUCCACCUGGAGCAUGAAACUCUGGUCCUGGUGGUUACCAGCACCUUCGGCAAUGGAGACCCCCCUGAGAACGGGGAGAAAUUUGGCUGCGCUUUGAUGGAAAUGAGGAACCCUAACUCUGUGCAUGAGGAAAGGAAGAGCUACAAAGUGCGUUUCAACAGCGUUUCCUCGUACUCUGACUCCCGCAAGUCAUCGGGUGAGGGGCCGGACCUCAGAGACAACUUUGAGAGCACUGGACCCCUGGCCAACGUGAGGUUCUCUGUGUUCGGCCUUGGCUCACGGGCAUACCCUCACUUCUGUGCCUUUGGACACGCCGUGGACACCCUCCUGGAAGAGCUUGGAGGAGAGAGGAUCCUGAAGAUGAGGGAGGGGGAUGAGCUCUGUGGGCAGGAAGAGGCUUUCAGGACCUGGGCUAAGAAGGUCUUCAAGGCAGCCUGUGAUGUGUUCUGCGUGGGUGAUGACGUCAACAUUGAGAAGGCGAACAACUCCCUCAUCAGCAAUGACCGCAGCUGGAAGAGGAACAAGUUCCGUCUCACCUACGUGGCGGAAGCUCCGGAACUCACACAAGGUCUAUCCAAUGUCCACAAAAAGCGGGUCUCAGCUGCUCGACUCCUCAGCCGCCAAAACCUUCAGAGUCCAAAAUCCAGUCGAUCAACCAUCUUCGUGCGUCUCCACACCAACGGGAAUCAGGAGCUGCAGUACCAGCCCGGGGACCACCUGGGUGUCUUCCCCGGCAACCACGAGGAUCUGGUGAAUGCCCUGAUCGAGCGACUGGAGGAUGCCCCCCCUGUCAACCAGCUGGUGAAGGUGGAGCUGCUGGAGGAGCGGAACACGGCUUUGGGGGUUAUCAGUAACUGGACCGAUGAGCAUCGCCUGCCGCCCUGCACCAUCUUCCAGGCCUUCAAGUACUACCUGGACAUCACCACGCCUCCGACGCCACUGCAGCUGCAGCAGUUUGCCUCCCUGGCCACCAGUGAAAAAGAGAAGCAGCGUCUGCUGGUCCUCAGCAAGGGUCUGCAGGAGUACGAGGAGUGGAAAUGGGGCAAGAACCCCAACAUCGUGGAGGUGCUGGAGGAGUUCCCGUCCAUCCAGAUGCCCUCCACCCUGCUCCUGACCCAGCUGUCCCUGCUACAGCCUCGCUACUAUUCCAUCAGCUCCUCCCCGGACAUGUACCCCGACGAGGUGCACCUCACCGUGGCCAUCGUCUCCUACCGCACCCGAGAUGGAGAAGGACCAAUUCACCACGGCGUGUGCUCCUCCUGGCUCAACCGGAUCCAGGCUGAUGAAGUGGUGCCCUGUUUCGUGAGAGGAGCACCCAGCUUCCACCUGCCCCAAAAUCCCCAAGUGCCCUGUAUCCUGGUUGGCCCAGGCACUGGCAUCGCCCCCUUCCGGAGCUUCUGGCAGCAGCGGCAAUUUGAUAUCCAACACAAAGGAAUGAGCCCCUGCCCCAUGGUCCUGGUCUUCGGGUGCCGGCAGUCCAAGAUAGACCACAUCUACAGGGAGGAAACCCUGCAGGCCAAGAGCAAGGGGGUCUUCAGAGAACUGUACACGGCCUACUCCCGGGAGCCAGACAAACCAAAGAAGUACGUGCAAGACAUCCUACAAGAGCAGCUGGCGGAAACCGUGUACCGAGCCCUGAAGGAGCAAGGGGGCCACAUCUACGUGUGCGGGGAUGUCACCAUGGCAGCCGAUGUCCUCAAAGCCAUCCAGCGCAUCAUGACCCAGAAGGGCAAGCUCUCGGUGGAGGAUGCUGGCGUGUUCAUCAGCAGACUGAGGGAUGACAACCGCUACCAUGAGGAUAUUUUCGGGGUCACCCUGCGCACAUAUGAAGUGACCAACCGCCUUAGAUCUGAAUCCAUUGCCUUCAUUGAGGAAAGCAAAAAAGACACUGAUGAGUAA